UACAGACACACGUUCCAAAUAUUAUUAGUUAUAGCUUUCACGUGAAUUAGUAAUAAUGACGGCAACAAUCAUAGAGCGUAUAAAAUCUGAAGAAAAAGCCGAAAUUCAUACUGAAUUUGAAAAAACUGAAAAACCAUUAGAUGAUGUGCUUCUAAAAACUGGUAUAGGUACCGACUUCACCUACAAACAUGAAAUAGUUUGGAUAAAUGCGAUCUUACUAAUGACUCUAAAUAUUUUUGGUUUAUGGGGUCUUCUGCGUCUAAUAACGGGAAAAAAUUAUCUCAAAACUUUUUUAUGGGGUUUUUUUGUAGCUUAUUUUGGUACAGAAGGGGUAACGAUUGGAGCUCAUCGACUGUUUACUCAUAAAUCAUUCAAAGCUAAGCCAAUUCUUAGAGCUAUUUUAAUUUUAGGGCAAACUGUUGCUGGACAGAAUUCAGUAUAUACUUGGUGUCGAGACCACCGCCUGCACCACCGCUACACUGACACUGAUGGAGACCCGCACAACUCUAAACGAGGUUUUUUCUUUUCUCACAUGGGAUGGUUAAUUAUGAAAAAACAUCCAUUAGUCAUGAAGCUGGGAAAGAACAUCGAUAUGAGUGACUUAAAAGCUGACAGGAUGAUUAUGUUUCAAAGAAAAUACUUCUUUCCACUAUACUUUAUCUUCGCGUUCCUGAUACCCGUUUGGAUUCCAAUAGCGUAUUUCAAUGAGACAUGGCUGAACUCAUUACUUAGUUGUUAUUUCUUGCGCUACACCCUGAGUCUACAUGGCACAUGGCUUGUUAACAGCGCUGCGCAUCUUUAUGGGACUAGGCCUUAUGAUAAGUAUCUGCAGCCAGUAGAGUCAUGGUUCGUGUCUUUUAUAAGCCUUGGCGAGGGCUGGCACAACUACCACCACGCGUUCCCUUGGGACUACAAGGCUGCGGAACUAACCAUGCACUUCAACCUGUCAGCCACUUUCAUAAGAUUUUUUGAAAAGAUCGGUUGGGCGUACGACUUAAAAAGUGUUACACCAGAUAUGGUAACAAAUAGGAUCUUAAGAACGGGAGAUGGUACCCACUAUGAACUUGGAGACGAAGAAUCGAAGAAAGCGGUAACCGCUAAUGGAAUCUUACAUCCAUUAAAUCCAAGUUACAAUGUCAUAUAUAAAGCACCCGAAAUAAAACUUAAACCUGAAGGACUGCCAUUGUUCCACGAGAAGGAUGUUCUCAAACUAGAAAAAUAAUAAAAUUGCAAGUGUGGUAUAUUUGUGAAGUAAGAAAAUAGUUAUAGCUAACUGCAGGUAGCCAAUUUUUUUGCACCUGCAAUUAGUAUCUCAAUAAUUAGAAAAUAUUUUAUUUUUCAUAACAUUAAAUAUUAUUCUGUUUAAAUAAUUUUCUUUCACCACAACUUAAUUGUGCUUACAAUAAAUUGUGCUUUGGUCGUAUAAAGUUUUCUAUAUAUUAUCAAGAGUACAAAACGUUUCUCUAACUAGUCGCCAUUUUACCAUUUCAAUUUGUUUUAUGGCUACGUUUUAUGUAUUGAAUCCUUUUUGUAGUAAAUAAAAAUAAUGUUUAUGAUCUUGUUAUUUACAAUGUAUAUACGAAUUUUCUUCACAAAUUUUACUAGUUGAAAAAUAUAAAGAUCUUACGUUGCUAUCAACAUAGUUUGAGUUCCUGUUUUAUAUACAUACCCACUUUGCUUUGUUUCACAUCGCAAUUUUUAUACAUUUAAAUGUCAUUAAAUAAAGCUGCUAAUAUAUCUGGCAGGUUAUCUGCUAAGCUUAGCUGAAAUCUGGCUUAUGAAACUACACUGUGUAUAUUUUAAGUCUCCCAAGCAGUGGUAAGCGUUUAUAAAAAAUAUUAAACAUAUGAAAAUAAUUC